ACCCCCCCAGCGCCCCCACUUUACUUAAAGAGCUUUAAUUCUCCCGAUCAAACCUCCAAAUCUUCCAUCUUUCCUUCCACCAUCCAACUCAAAUCAACUUAAUCAACCAUCAAAAUGGGCGUCACCAAGACCAUCCUCACCCCCGGCAACACCGACAAGAAGCCCGUCAAGGGCGACACCGUCGUCAUCCACUACACCGGAUGCCUGUACAAGGAGGGUGCCGAGCACAACAUGGGUUCCCAAUUCGACAGCUCCCUCACCCGUGGUCCCUUCAAGACCGCCAUCGGCAUCGGCCGGGUCAUCCGCGGCUGGGACGAGGGCGUGCCGACCAUGAACGUCGGUGAGGAGGCCAUCCUGACGAUCACCCCUGACUACGGAUACGGAUCCCAGGGUUUCCCCGGUUUGAUCCCUGCUAACUCGACUUUGGUUUUCAAGGUCAAGCUGCUCGGUAUUGAGUAAAUUGACUAGUUUUUGUAUCUUCUUGUAUCUAUCUAAUAAAAAUUCCUUUUUUUUUU